UUGAAACAACAAUUUAUGGCCAAUAAAAAUGACUGUACAGACUAGACGAAAUUAUGCAAAAUUCAAAUAAUAGUGUAAAUUCGUAAUCUGAAUUUGUUAAGGUGAAGCAGCGCGUUUUAGGAAUGUAAGGUUUGAAGAGGGAAAAUAAACGGAGGAAGUUACAUUUGAAGGAUUUACGUCCACAUCACCAUUUACAUCUCCCCGUGAAAAGGAAGCUAUAUAACAAGUCUCUGUUCUUAUUCAAGCCUCAAAUUAUGUUUGGAAACCGUACAGAUAAGUUACAAGACUCACUAAUACAACUCAGGAUCGCAGCAAAGCAAGUAAUGCGCUUCUCUGAAAAGGCAGCAAGGGAAUCUGAAGUCCAAAAGCAAAAACUAAAAAAGGCUUUAACAUCUGGAAAUAUUGAGUGUGGUAGGAUUUAUGCUGAAAAUGCUAUUAGAAAACAGAAAGAGUCCACUAAUUACCUCCGGAUGGCAUCUCGUUUUGAUGCUGUCCAGUCACGCGUACAAACUGCUCUCACAAUGAAUCAGGUGGUAAAAAAUAUUGGUUCUGUCACGAAUGAACUUGAAAAAGUUAUGCGCACCAUGGAUUUGGAGAAACUCGAAAAGGUCAUGAGUAAAUUCGAGUCUCAGUUUGAAGAUCUCGAUAUUCGUUCUUUAACUAUGGAAAAUUCCAUGAAAAAUAUAUUUACUCUUUCAGCUCCUGAGGAUGAGAUUAAUUCGUUGAUAAAACAGGUGGCAGAAGAAAACAGUCUUGAAGUUUCACACGCUAUUGCAGAUGCUCCUGUUGUUGGUGGUACACUUUCCGUUAAUUCAGAGUCAUCUAGGGAUGCUGAAGAUGACGCUCUUACAAGAAGGCAUAACUUGAUUAGGCUUGCUGCACUCCGUCAGUAAAACCUGUCAACUUCAGUGUUUUGUUGCUCCAUCUGGUCAAUAAUAGUUUAUUCUGAUUAUUUUUCAUCGUUAACAGGUUACUCACAAGCUCAUCUUUGUAUUUUUGCUCUUUCUAAACUUUACUUUGAAGGAUAUUUUCUCCUUGAAAUUAGUUGUACAAACCCAAAUGGACCUAUUUCGUUUCACUUCUCAAAACGUUUAUAAUAUAAUGCACCGUCAGAUUUCUUGAAGAUAUUAUAUAUUUUGCAUUGCUCGCUUAUCACUGAAAUGAUUUUGUGAAUAAAAUGGACUAUAUGUCUAAUACAUUUACUAGUAUCAUUUAUUAAUUGUUACAAUCAUUUAAUUUUACUUCCAGUGCAGUGUUUUGUUUUUCUAGUGGCGUUAUGUACAAACUAGCCCGACUGUGGUUAAUUAUUGUUGACCUAUUAAACAACCAGUUCGCUUAA